AUGGCCCCCGGCAUGCCGGCCACGAGCGCCGACGGGACGCCGGUGUCCGACCCGGAGGUGACGACCUGGCAGCAGCUGGGCUGGGGCAACAAGUCCGAGGGGCGGGUCGUGGAGGCCGACCUGGGCAGGUACGUGCUGUGCUGGUGUGCGAGCGGCUGCGACGGCGACGCGGUGCCUCUCGAGGUCGGCGUCGUGUUCGUCGUGGGCGCAGACUCCGGGCAGGAGCGCGAGUGCGUGGCGGGCGAGAUCUGUGGGGCACCGUGGCGGAUCACUGGGCUCACGGGGCGCGACUUCAAUCCGUGGGACCGCAUCGCGGCGAUGGACGUGUGCGCGGGCUCCUUCGUCGUGGGCUUCCCCGACGCCGGAGUCACUGAGGGGGCGACCAUCUUCCGGUCCACGCUGCCCGACGCGCUGGAGUGCUCGACCGUGAACCCCGCCGACCUGGACACCGUCGCGUCGAACUGGGGCUGCUACCGCGCCUCUCCGAGCGGCGGUGCCUACCGGCUGUGCUAUUGUACGCCCCGCGGGGCCGCCGGCGUGGCCAGCUGCGCCCAGCCAGAGGACUUCGGCUUCGACAUCGGCACUCUCACCGUGCUCGGCCCCAACACGUCGCAGCGGUUCAAGUGCGUCAAGGGCCAGCCCUGCGAGAUCUCCGACCUGGCCGGGUUCGGGCUCGAGGAUGGCGACCUGGUGCUCAUUCUGGAGGAGUGCGGGCUCCCGAGGGCCGAGAAUACCUCGGGCCCAGUGGCGAUCAGCGGAGUGGCUGGGCUCACGGAGUCCGCCGCCGUUGCCGCCACCAACGGGGGCUCGACAUUCACCUUCCCAGACGUCGUGAGUGCCGAGGGCGGCGAUUACCGUGUCUGCUGGUGCCGCCCCUCGGCGUCGCUGACAGGGUGCGCCAACUCGGUGGACUUCGCGGCCGACGCGGGGCAGCUCACGAUCGUGGCGCCCGUGCUCGACCACCUGCGGAAGUGCUACCGGGGUGCGCCGUGCGCCAUCGGCGACCUCGAAGGCUUCGGCCUGGCCGACGGAGACCUCGUGCGCGUGCUCCACACGUGCGCGGGCGGCGACGAGGCGCUCGUGGCCCACUGGCCCGACGAGGGGCUGUCCCAGGCGGCCGAGGCCGGCGGCGCCUCCGUCUCGUGGGGCGCCCAGCCGGUGUGGUCGGAGGCGGGCAGGUACGCCCUGUGCUGGUGCAUGGGCGGCGGCACGUGCGAGCAGCUCGGCGACUUCUCGCUGCAGAUCGGGGAGCUCGUCCUCGCCGGCCCCGCGAGCGGCCAGGCGCCCGUGGCCGUUGGGGGCCACCCGCUGCUGCUGGGCGGCCUGCGGGCCUUCGGCCUGGAGGAGGGCUCCCUGCUCGCGGUGCUGCCCAACGAGAGCGGCUGUCAGGGACCCGCCGAGGCGGUGUACGCCGCGGCCGCGGAGUCCCACUUCCCGAACGGCGGCAUACUGACCAGCCUGGCGCAGGCAUACGUCCCGACGGGUAGCGCCGAGAGCGAGGACGCGGCCGCGCCCUUCUGGUCCGAGGAGGCGCCCGUGGCGAUGACGGGGGGCACGUUCUCGCUAUGCAUUCUGCCGACGCAGGCGGGCAGUGAGACCUCCAGGAGGGGUGUCCACGGCGGCUACGUGUACCUGGGCUGCGCCACGCGGCAGGAGGCGCAGACGAUGUGCGACCUGAGGCGCAUGCCCAUGCCGAACACGUCGGCCGCGCAGGCGACGAUCGAGGCGUCCAUCGCGGCGGCCAGGGCGGCCGGCAGCCUGCCUCCUGGCAGCUGCGGGCAGGCGGUUUGGCUGGGCGGCCAGUGGAGCGACGCCCACGACCAGUGGCGCUGGGACAACACCAUCGCCAUGACCGAGGGCCCGGUCGCGCCCUCGGAGCACGACUCGCUGCCCGGCCCCGACGACGCCUACCACUACACGAACUGGGCCGGAGGCCAGCCCUCGGCCUAUCCGCACGCGCUGGAGCCCGCCCUGUACAUGGACGCCGCCACGGGCCGCUGGCACGACGCGAGUCCCGGUGGCCACGUCCUGGCCGUGGUGUGCGAGGAGGCGGUGCCGCUGCCCGCGGGGGAGCUGCGCCUGAGCGGGCCGGCAGGCCUGGGCGCCCCCGCGGCGGGCUCCGCGCAGCACUGGGAGGCCCGGGCCGGCCACCAGCUGGCCCUGGAGGGCCCGCUGGCCGGGGUGGACCUCCUGCCGGGGGACCUGCUGCUCGCCGUCGACGGCUCCGCGACGCCCUGCGCUGGCGAGAAGCAGGCCUCCGCCCCCAUGGGUGCGGAGGGCAUAUCGUACCCGUCCGCGGACGGGGCGUCGUUCGUGUGGCCGGGCACGGCGCGGGCGGCCGGGGGCAUCUACACGCUGUGCUGGUGCCGCCCCGCGGCGGAUGUCACCGAGUGCCGGGUCGCCGCCGACUUCCUGGUGAGCGCGGGCACGCUGUCCCUCCGGGGCCCCCUGCUCGGCCAGCACCACGUCUGCCAGAGCGCGGAGAACUGCAGCGUGGCCCUCGCGUGGCCCGACGACGUCGGGCCAGAGCAGGGGCAGCUGGUGGCGGCGGAGGGGGCCUGCGACGCCGACGCGGUCGGCUCCGCCGUGGCCUUCGACAGCUCCGACCCCGACGGCCGCCUCUUCGAGAUCGCCGCGCUCCCGGCGCCGGGCGGCGCGCGGGCGCUGUGCUGGUGCGCCUCGCCGGGCUGCGGCGGCGGCGGGGCCGCCUCCGCGGUCGAGGUGGGCAGGCUCGAGGUGCUCGGGCCCUUCGCGGGGCAGCACUUCUCCUGCCGCGCGGCGGAGCCCUGUGAAGUUGCGCCGCUGGUUGGCCUCGGGCCGGCGGUCGGGCUGCUGAGCCGGAGGCUCGACGCCCCCGGCGCCCUGGCGCUCACGAACCAGAGCGCUUGCGGCACCGCGGGCGAGCCAGGAGCGGUGGCGGUGCCCGGGGACACGUGCUCCGAGCACUUCGUCGGCUGCUCCCACUCGUGGCCCGCGUCCGCUAUGGACGUGCCGCCCAUGGACUACCUGCUCUGUUGGUGCCACUCGUUGAGUUGCGGGCCCUCGGAGUUCGUGGUGCAGGUCGGCACGCUGAGCGUCCGCGAGGCGUACUACUACUCCGACCGAUGA